UUUUCUCUCUCUCUUUCUCUUAACUUUACUUAAAUAAAUGAUAGUAUUUACAAUCGAUAUAUGUAUUACAUUACUUUGUUUGCAGUAUUAAUGAAUUAAUAAAUUAGAAACGCGCAAUUGUAAUUGCUUUAAUCAUCGGCCUUGCAGCACACAGCUGUCAAGUGCCCAUUUCCUAUUUCAUUUCAGAUGUAAAGUACCUUCCACUUAUAACACUGUACUUUACUCUAGAAGCGUGCCACGCAUUUCAGUCAAAAGGAGUCACACUUUCGACGGUAUUUAUCGUCAAUACGUUCGACUACGAGUUACGAAGUCAACUGAGAAGGAUUUUAUGCGAUAUCCAUAGUGCACUGAUAAGAGAGAUAACGAAACAUCGCAUGUAUUUUGCUCACAAAAUUAUCAGUUAUAUACCGAUUCUGAAGGAAUACUCAUCAUGAUUCGUGAUCGUAUGCCCGAUUUGCGUGCCAGCCGAAGUAACAGCAGCACCUUUGGCAAAGGGUUCUUGCAAGAAGUACACCUUCAAAUAGCCCAAAAUAAAAAGCUGAGGGAAUUGCUCGACGAAGUCGAAGAAAUACGCAUGCUGAUCCAGCUUAUAGACAAAAAUGUUUCUAUUGUAAAAGACUUGCACAAUAAUAUUCUAUCGCACACGAAUAAGGACAUACAAAAAGAACUGGAGACGCGCACGAGUACGAUCUCGCAGACGGCUUUUCGCGUGCAGCAAAAGUUACGAGAUUUGGGAAAAGAUAUUAUAGCCAUCGACGAUUUGAGUAUAGCUAUAGCACAAAAUGGAUCUAUAUGUACAAGAAUUAAAAUAUUGCAAUACACAACUAUGAUGCAAAUAUUUUCUGAGAUAAUGGAAGAUUAUAAUUCAUCAUUAUUAAAAUACCAUGAUAAGUGUCUCUUGCUCUUGCAGCAGCAGCGUUCGUUAAUAAGACGGCAAGUUACAAGCGAGGAAUUGGACCAUAUGCUGGAUGCCCAAGAAAAUAGCUUAUUUAUUGACAAUAUUUUAGAAGACAGCAAGAUUGCAAGGCAGCAAUUAUCAGAUAUAAAAAGUAGACAUAAUGAUGUUCUAAAAUUGGAAAAGUCUCUCAUAGAAGUCAGAGACAUGUUUGCAGAAAUUGCAUUUUUAGUGGAAAAACAAGGAGAACAAAUCACUAAUAUAGAAUAUUUUGCCAAUAAGACGACGGAUAAUAUCGAUGGUGGACGUAUUCAAUUGAAAAAGACGGAAAAAAGAAGUCACAGAUAUAGAAAGCGGAAGAUUAAGAUUAUCGUUGUUGUAAGUAGUCUGAUAAUAAUUCUUCUUUUAUUCAUCAGUAUGUCAUUUUAAAAUACAAGAUAUCUCAGAUAUUUUAACUAAUAUUUCUAACUUUAGUAUAAAUUAUAUGAAUAAAAACAUAUUUUUUGCAUAAUA